CAACAGUACAAUGCCCAAAGCCUCCGCCGCAAAACGCAAGCGCGACCAUGAAUCGGACGUCUCUGACUGGGAUAUAUCCUCGGGGUCUAAUGCUGACUCGGACGGCGAAAUCGACAUUUCGUCUGCACUGGUCGGAAAGAAACCCAAACUUGCGGCCCCGAAGCAGGAUGAAGAGGGUGUACCAGAAGACGAGGAUGAUGAUGAGCACCUGCAGGAUAUUAUUCGGGAAUCUAUAGCGAAGCGCGACACCAAGGGGGGCACGGAAGUGCUGAAGAAGGUGAAGGGCAAGAAUAAGAUGGUCAAAGGCGAAGUCGGGGGAGGGAGUUUCCAGAGCAUGGGGUUACAUCCUUGGCUAUUGAGGUCUCUGACGCUACAAGGGUACCGCACUCCAACACCCAUUCAGCGACUGGCGAUCCCGGCCCUGUUGUCCAACCCGCCUCGUGAUCUAGUAGGUAUGGCUCGUACAGGCUCUGGGAAGUCAUUAGCGUAUAUGGUACCUCUCGUUCAACGGCUCGGUGGUCGUCACUCGACAGCGUUUGGCGCGCGCGCUCUGAUUCUCUUGCCUGCUCGAGAGUUGGCGUUGCAAGUUCUCAAAGUGGGAAAGGAGUUGGCUAGAGGGUGGCAUGCUGGAGAAGGUGAUCACGCUGGAGAGAAGAAUACCGACGAUGGCAAGAAGGGCCAGGGUCUGCGAUGGGGCCUAGUAGUAGGCGGUGAAGGGAUGGACGAGCAGUUCGAAAUGAUCACGAAUAACCCUGACGUAAUUAUUGCUACUCCCGGUCGACUGCUGCAUCUCAUUGUCGAGAUGAACUUGGACCUCAAAUCUGUGCAAUAUGUGGUGUUUGACGAAGCCGAUCGUCUAUUCGAGAUGGGCUUUGAAACCGCUCUGACCGAGAUUCUGCAUCGUCUGCCAACAACGAGGCAAACUCUUCUUUUUUCCGCGACUCUCCCAAAGUCACUAGUGGAGUUCGCCAAGGCCGGUCUACAGAAUCCCAAGCUUGUCCGCUUGGACGCGGAAACGAAGAUCAGCACCGAUCUUCGCAUGGCCUUCUUCUCCGUCAAGCAAGCCGAAAAGGACGCCAGUCUGUUUUUCCUUCUGCGGAAUGUCAUCGGUGUCCCCCUCGGGAGCUCCAAGAGGGAAGAGGAAUCCCCCGAUAAGAAGGGCAAAGGAAAAGCCAAGUAUGACCAUGUAACAGGCCCGCAUCAAACCCUCAUAUUCGCGGCGACGAAGCACCAUGUCGAAUACCUGACACAGCUGUUGUCAACUGCCGGGUACUCCGUCUCGCAGAUCUACGGCUCAUUGGAUCAGACCGCCCGUACGCAUCAAAUGGAUCAAUUCCGGCGGGGACUGACAAACAUCCUGGUCGUCACCGAUGUUGCUGCAAGAGGUAUCGAUAUCCCUGUCCUGGAGAAUGUCGUGAACUACGAUUUCCCGCAGGGGGCACGAGUGUUUGUCCACCGUGUAGGACGGACUGCUCGAGCAGGUCGCAGCGGCUGGGCGUGGUCAUUCGUCACGAACACCGAACUACCUUAUCUCUUGGAUCUGCAACUCUUCCUGACACGCCCCAUCAAGAAGGAACUUCCCCCAGGUUCCGGAGACGAAGCUUACACAGAGUCGCUCGUGCUCGGCACAUUUGACAGGACCAAGCUGGACGAGGAAGUGGAGUUUGUGCGGUCCCUGGACGAGGAGAACCACAAUUUACCCGCCCUCCGAGAGGUCAUGCGGAAAGGCCACAAGAUGUAUGAGCGAAGCAAGGGCAAGGCGAGCCAAGCGAGCUACAAGCGGGCGAAGGAGAUGAUCAAGGACGGGACGAAGUGGGGGUUGGCGGGCUCCGAGGCCGGUAUCCAUCCUGUGCUCUUCAGAGGCAAGGAGAACGAGCAGCAGAGCCGGGACCAGGAUCAGGCCAGGAAGGCAUUGUUGCAAAAGGUCAAUUCGUUUCGGCCUACGGAGACGGUGUUCGAGAUCGGGUCGCGAGGGAAGACGGAGAGUGCGCAGCUUAUGAAGGAAAGGCGGAAAGCGUUGGAGAAGGCUGCCAGUCGCGCCGUUGUGCCUAUUACUCCGGUUGACUCGAGGGACUCUGAUGCUGACGAGCCGGAGGCGGGAUCUAGUGGCAAAGAUGUGGUCAUGGCCGACGAGGAAGAAAUAGCUGCUGUUUUCGAAGUUUCAAGUAAGAAGAAAGGGAAGGAGAAAGCAUCUAGUUUCCGAGACGAGGAAUUCUACAUGUCGCAUUACCAGACCGGUGCCGAGACGGAGAAAGGCUACUCCCUACGAGACGGCGCGUCCUUCGUCGAGCAAGCGCGCAACGCCACGUUCGACCUCACCAACGACGAAGGUCUCGCCGCGCAGAAGCGCAUGCAGCUCACGUGGGACAAGAAGAAAAAGAAGUUCAUCAAAGGCGCAGGCGAGGGCGCGGACAAUGUGAAGCUCGUAAAGACCGAGAGCGGCGUGCGCCUGCCGGCUACGUACCGUAGCGGGCGCUUCGACGAGUGGAAGGCGAAGAGCAAGGUGCACCUGCCCCGGGUGGGUGAGGCUGAGCUUGAGACUGCGAGGAAUAAGGGUAAUUUCGGGGGGAGGCGGUUCAAGCAUAAUAAGGUGACUGCUGCGAAGCCGCUGGAUAAGCUCAGCAAGGAUUACGAGCGGAAGACACGGCAGCUGAAUAAGAAAGGCGCGGGAGAGGAGGAUGGACCCUCACCGAAGGGAGGGAAGAAAGGGUUUGCAGCGAGCAAAAGAUACGGCGGCCAGACGGCGGGGCACGUCAAGAACGAGCUCAAGAACGCCGCGCAGAUCCGGAAGGAGCGCAAGCUGUACGAGCAGAGGAAGGCCAAGAACGCGAGACCCAGUCGGCGGAAGGGGAGG